UGAAUGCAUAGAGUAUAGUGCUGUGUAUAUUUAUUACGUGAAUUUCAUAUUCAUUCAACGCCAGACUUCACCGAUCGUCGCGUCGCGCCCUGUGGAACUUGACAGAUGCUACUGUUAAAACUAUAAACAGAGAGGACUUUAAUAAUACAACAGAGGUGUGCCUCUGAAAAAUAAUUUCUUCUAGUUCUACAGAGAAGUUCGAAAACUGUUUUUGCUUUUAUCGACAGAACAAAAUCAAGCAAAAUGACGACAAUUUUGCCAGCACCACAACAGAAAAGUGGCACGUACACUUUUGCCAGUCAGCCAAGAGCUGUGCCACAGAGGAAAAAAUACAGAGACCCCCUCGCGCAAAACCCAGAGGCAGUACCAAUUGGCAAUAUAAUGUAUGACAGGCGAAUUGUCAGGGGAAACACAUAUGCACAGCACACACUACCAGCGACAGCUCAACCAGAUCCAAUUGAGAUUCAGAGACAGCAGGAAAUCAGGAGACGAAAGAUUGCAGCCAAGAGAGCUAAGGACCAGCUUAGACCAAGGUCUCCAGAGCCUGUUGAAGGAAGGAAACACAUUGAUGUCCAGACUGAACUCUAUUUAGAGGAGCUGAGUGAUAGGGUAGAGGAAGCAGAUGUGGAAGCUCAAACUGAUGCCUUCCUUGAUAGACCUCCAACACCACUCUUUGUCCCUGCCAAGACGGGCAUGGAUAUUGCUACACAGAUCUAUGAAGGAGAUCUGUUUGACUUUGACAUUGAAGUGAAGCCCAUCCUUGAGGUGAUAGUAGGGAAGACGGUAGAGCAGGCUCUACUAGAGGUCAUGGAAGAAGAAGAACUAGCCAAUCUUAGAGCGCAGCAACGAGCAUUCGAAGAACUCAGAAAUGCAGAGCUUGUAGAAACACAGAGGUUGGAAGAACAAGAGAGAAGACAUAGGGAGGAGAAGGAAAGGAGAAUGAAGCAGCAACGUGAGGUAUUAAAGAAAGAGAAGGAAACGGCGGAGAAGAUUGCAGCUAGAGCUUUUGCCCAGAGUUAUCUUGCAGACCUGAUACCCUCUGUGUUUGGUACUCUCAAUGAUAAUGGUUAUUUCUAUGAUCCAGUAGAGAGGGAUGUUGAGCUUGGUUUCAUGCCAUGGAUCAUGGAUGAGGUUGCUAAGUGUAUUGACAAGUCUGUUCUUGGAAGGACUGUACUCGAUGGUAUCAUCAGGGAUGUAGUAAAGGAGAGAAUGGCUGCUUACUUCAAACUAGAAGAAUCUGGCCAGAGUCAUACUGACUUGAUUGCAGAGGCAGCUCAGCAGAUUAUAGAAGAGCAAUUGCAGAGUGGUGUCGAUGGACAAGAGCCUGCAGGCGACGAGGAAGCUGGUGUUGAAGGAGAAAGCAGACCAGAAACAGCCCCUGAACCAGCCAAUGAGGACGAGGCUGAGGAAGCGGAAGGUGAUGACGCAGAAUGAUAUAUGUGGGAAUGAGAACAUUGACAAAACUAUAAAGGAGAACUUAUCAACUUGACUCAAGAUAAAUAUCACCGGCAUAACCAAACUUGUGUGCAUGUUCGACCUUCUUCAAAAUAUUCACAAACUCCAUUUAUAUAUAAACUUUGAAUGUGGGUACCUUCUUACAAAUUAAAUAUAUACAUGUACAUGCAACAUCAAAAUGUAUGUGUUCAGUGGACGUGUUGGAGGAUAUAAUGCGGAAUAAACAAGAACAAAAUAUCUGUUUACAAGAGACAUUUGAUGGUAUGCACUUGCCACUGCUGUGCAAAACUGAAUUGGUUUGUCAUAUUGAUUUGAAACCAAGACGAUGAAUAUCAUUUAUUGGAUCCAGUGUCAUUGCAAUUCUGAAUGCAUGGAAUUUCCCAACAAAAAGAUUUCAGUGAUUUUAUUUGCAUUUGGUGAAGUAUGGAUGACACUUUGUAGAAGCACAUUGUGAAUAUAUUAACCGUUACCUGUAUGUAAAUAAGAAUGUAUUUAUGUUAUUGAAAGACAAACUCAGAAUUACGUGAAUCAUUCAAUAAUUUUGUUUUCUUAUAUUAUUGACUAUCAACCCCCUACCCCAAAAAAGGAAAUAUAAGAGUCAUUGGUGCUCUUCCUUGAAUGAAUACUAUGAUGCAAAGUUUGACUUUGUGUAUUGCAGAGUUUUUAUCUUGGUGUAAUGAAAUCUUAUCAGGAACCAAGUACUAUUGAUAUAUAACUAUAAUAGUACUUUAGUUAUUAAUGUAUUCAGAACACCAGUGAAAUCGUGUGUAUAUUUCUAGUUAUAUGUAAGCGAAUAAAUGAUUGUAUAUUUACACAUUA